CGGUCUCCUACCAGGUAAGCAACGCGCUUCGCAAGCACAGCGAGUAAUCAGCGACCUAUAGUUCCGACGAUCUCAAACGCUCUAAGCGUUUCAGUUCCCAGAUCCCGGUAGUCCUCUGUAGCGUAAUGGCAGCUGCUCCGUUCGCGAUUGCCAGCCGCCUCUCCCCGGCCGCGCGCCUCCCUGUCCGCGCAUGGAGGGCGGCGAGGCCCGCGCCCGGGUUCCCGUCGUCCGGGAGAGCCCGCUCCCUCGCCGUGGCGUCGGCGGCGCAGGAGAACAGGGACAACACCGCCGUCGACGUCCAGGUCAGCCAGAACGGCGGCAACAGGCAGCAGGGCAACGCCGUCCAGCGUCGCCAGCGACGCGCGGCGCCGCUCGACAUCUCCCCGUUCGGGCUAGUUGAUCCGAUGUCGCCGAUGCGGACGAUGCGGCAGAUGCUGGACACGAUGGACCGGCUGUUCGACGACGCCGUGGGGUUCCCCAUGGCGACGCGGAGGUCCCCGUCGGCCGGCGGCGGCGAGGUGCGCCUGCCGUGGGACAUCGUGGAGGACGAGGAGGAGGUGAAGAUGCGGUUCGACAUGCCUGGGCUGGCGCGUGACGAGGUGAAAGUGAUGGUGGAGGACGACACGCUGGUGAUCCGCGGGGAGCACAAGAAGGAGGAGGGCGCCGAGGGCGCGGAAGCCGGCGGCGACGGGUGGUGGAAGGAGCGCAGCGUGAGCUCGUACGACAUGCGGCUGGCGCUGCCGGACGAGUGCGACAAGAGCAAGGUGCGCGCCGAGCUCAAGAACGGCGUUCUCCUCGUCACCGUGCCCAAGACCGAGGUGGAGCGCAAGGUCAUCGACGUGCACGUCCAGUAGAUGGAUCGUGGCUUCAGAUGCGACAAGCCGAAGCUCGAUGGUCUCCGAUAUGGUUUCGUUUUUUUCAGCUCAAUGGAUGAGACUGCUUUUCUGUAGCUGUAGCGUGCGUUUCACUCAUCCAGCUUCUCUGCGCGCGCGAGCAGGUUGUGCGUUGUGUGUAAAUACUGCUCGCAAUCGAAGGAGGGGAAUAAUGUGAAUAAACUCUUCUAUUCGGUAUA